AGAGAGAGAGAGAGAGAGAGAGCAGAGCAUAAUACACAAUAGAGGAAACCAGACACAGGAAGUUUUUGAAAAACAGAGGAAACGUCUUUUUGAAAAACCGAAGAGAAAGAAGAAAAAUUGCUGUGGGGAGGGAAAAUGAAGGAAGUUGUGUUGUCAGUGGAUGAUCUACAGUCAACUUUAUCUACAGCUCACUGCAGAAUUUGCCACGAAGAAGAAUUCGAGAGUCGCAAGAGCCUUGAAGCUCCUUGUGCUUGCUCAGGAACCGUUAAGUUCGCGCACAGAGAUUGUAUACAGAGGUGGUGUAACGAGAAGGGAAACACAAUCUGUGAAAUAUGUCUCAAGGAAUAUGGACCUGGAUAUACAGCAGUAACUCUAGCUUCAAAGAAGUCUCAGCUAAUUGAAGCAGCAGUUACCAUUCGAGAUAGCUUGGAAAUUCCAAGAAGAGAUCAUGGCCCACGAAACCCAAGAUUAGUGGCCAUAGCUGAGGGAGUGGCGAUGGAAGCUGAAUUUUCCGAAUGCACUUCUGCUGCUGAUAGAGGCGCAUCUUGUUGCAGGACAUUGGCUUUCACAUUUACAGUGCUUUUGCUUCUUAAACAUAUCUUUGCCGCGGUAACUGCUGAAACUAAAGAUUACCCUUUCACACUGUUUACGGUAUUGAUUUUAAGAGCAGGUGGAAUUGUACUCCCCAUGUACGUAUUGAUUCGGACAAUCGCAGCCAUUCAAAGAAGUAUUAGGCGACAGUAUCACGGAUACGAUGAUGAAGAUGAUGAUGAUGAUGAUGACGAGCACGAUGAUGGCAUUUCAACCUUCCAAGAAGAUGAAAAUCAGCAGCGACAGCAACGGAAUAUGGUUUAAUCCUAAAAUGAUUCUCACAUUUUUUUUCUUUCCUGAAAUUUCAACGAGCAUUUACUGUGCUCAUUUUGUCCAAAUCCCACUCCCUCUUUUUUUCCCAUGCAAAAAAUUAAAAAAAAAACAAAACAAAAAGUAUUCAUUUUUAUUCAAGUCUAGGAAGAAAAAAUGCAAUUGUAUCUGUACAGUCUUAAUCUUGGAUUUAAGUAGAAGUACAGAAACUCUAUUUGCCCAACUACCCAGAAUAGAAAUUAGCAACAGUGUAACAUCAACUUUUGUAA